AUAAAAGCAGAUGUGAGUUAAAAUAGUUUCAAAAUAAAAGGUUUGUCUCAAAAGAUGUAAUUAAAGAUUUAAUAAAUUAAACUGGAAAACUACAAAUGCACAACAAUAAUUAUACUACUAGUCACAUUGGGUGAAGAGGAGGAAGAUGAAGAGGAGGAGGAUGAAGAGGAGGUCCUGGCCCUGUUUGGUCUUGAUCCUAGCCUUGUUUGCUCCCGGUCCUGACCCUGUUUGGUCCUGGUCAUGGUCUUGUUUGCUCCCGGUCCUGACCCUGUUUGGUCCUGGUCAUGGUCUUGUUUGCUCCCGGUCCUGACCCUGUUUGGUCCUGGUCAUGGUCUUGUUUGCUCCCGGUCCUGACCCUGUUUGGUCCUGGUCAUGGUCUUGUUUGCUCCUGGUCCUGACCCGGUCUGCAUCUGGUCCUGGCCUCUGAGGACAUAAAUAAACACCCUGGGAUGUGGGUCAUGUCCCGUUGGAUCGUCUCUCUGGGCGCGCUUCUUUUUCUGUAAUUGGACACCCUCUCAGCUGAGCCCUCCCUGUGGAGGGGGGAGGUGUCGAGUAUGAAGCACUCCCUCGGGCCGCAUGUGUUGUUGAUGCUAUGACAGAGGGAGCGCUUGGUUUGAGGACAUCAGAGGGUUUCGGGGUUGAAAGCAUCUGGGAGCGCUUGGUUAAUAAGUCAUCACCUCCAGAGUUAAUGAUUGGAGGUCAGCCGGUGCCUCAUUGACCCGAAGAGCUUUUCAUCCGGAGUCUCAGAGACACUCGAGAGAAGAGGACGCUUGUUCUGCUCUUCUUCACGGACAUCAACUCCUGGAGGAGGAGGAGUGAGUCCACCUGGACCCCUGGAGGACUCAGAUCCACUUUAAACCCGCUGAGAGAAUCAGAGCUGAAGCCAGAGACCAGGUUUGAAGGACCGGGACCGGGACCGGGACCAGGACCACUGCAUCAAUGGUGGAUGGGAAGCGGCGGAGCAGCGUGGAGUCGCCUCUGGACGGAGGAGGGUGGAGCUGGGUGAUCGUAGGGUGCUGCUUCAUGGUGACAGUCUGCACACGAGCAGUGACGAGGUGCAUCUCAAUCUUCUUCGUGGAGUUUCAGACUCACUUCGGAGCCGACUACGCGACGACGUCGUGGAUCCACAGCCUGGUGGACUGCACCACCAUGCUGUGUGCUCCUAUCGGCAGCCUGGUGGGGAACCGCUGGUCUUGCCGGGUGGCGGUGAUGCUCGGGGGACUCUUGUCCUCCUUUGGACUCCUGCUGAGCUCCUUCAGCACCAGUCUGGAGCUGCUGUACCUCACCAUGGGGGUCCUGACAGGUCUGGGCUUCUCCCUCUGCUACACCCCGUCCAUCGCCAUGGUGGGCUGUUACUUCCGGCGCCGCCGGGCUCUGGCGUACGGCGUCGCCAUGUCCGGCAGCGGCAUCGGGACGCUGGUCCUGGCGCCGGUGGUGCAGCUGCUCAUCGAGUCGUACUCGUGGAGGGGCGCGCUGCUCGUCCUCAGCGCCUUCGUCGCCAACCUGUGCGUCUGCGGGGCGCUGCUCCGACCAAUCGGGCGGCGGGACAGUGAGGAGGAGGAGUCAGUGGAGGAGGAGAAACCUGGUCUCGUCUCGACCCGGGACGCCGAGCUCGCCGUCAAACUCCCCAAAGACUGGGACGGCCGCCUCGAGCCGGUGCCGGUGCCGGUGCCGGGAAGCCCCGCCCCUCAGGCCCAGAGGGGGCGGUGCUUCAGCUCCUGCUUCCUGUCCGGUCAGGAGAGGAAGCUGCUGCCGGACUUCCUGGUCCUGGCCGUGUCCUUCCUGUUCCUGGCCAGCGGCUGCAGCCUCCCGUUCGUCUACCUGGUUCCGUACGCGCUGAGCGUCGGGGUCCGCCCCCAGCAGGCCGCCUUCCUCAUGUCCAUCCUGGGGGUCCUGGACAUCGUGGGGAACAUCACCUUCGGCUGGCUGACGGACCGGAGGUGUCUGAAGCCAUACCUCCUGACGUCCUACGUCGUUGCCGUGGCGAUGGAGGGCCUCUGCUGCCUCCUCGCGCCGCUCCUCCGCUCCUUCUCGCUCCUCGUGCCCUUCGCCGUCGUCUACGGUUACUUCGACGGCGCCUACGUGGCGCUCAUCCCCGUGGUGACGGCGGACGUGGUGGGAGCGCGGUACCUGUCCUCGGCGCUGGGCGUGGUCUACUUCCUGCACGCCAUCCCCUACCUCAUCAGCCCGCCCAUCGGAGGUUGGCUGGUCGACCUCACAGGAAGUUACACGGCGACCUUCUUCCUCAGUGGCGUCUCGCUGCUGUCCAGCGCCGUCGUCAUCGCCGCCAUCACCGGGAUCCGCCGCUGCCGCCGCCCCCCGGCACCGAGGGCUAGCUCCUCCCCCCCGACUGUCCGACCAAUCGGAGGCAGUCAGUCGCUUAGUAGCGACCGAUCGGAUUAACGGACAGUGGAGACGAGGGCCGUGAUUGGCUGGCGAGGACCGGACUCCACACUGUGAUCAACGAUAACGUUACACACCAGAAUCAACACGUUUAGGAGCACUUUGAAGGAAGAGGAAAACGUGACACUUUAAUAUACAGAAAUGUGUAUCAUUGAAUAGACUGAAUCAGUUCAUCCAUAUAAUGAUUGAUUGUUUAAGAAGUAUAAUAAUGUGAAUAUUUACGUUUUGACAGGAAAAGAUGUUUAAAAUCAUCUUUUUCUCUUUUUUUUUGUUUGAUUGUUUUAAAGAUAAACGAGACUCAUGGUGAAUAUAUAAAGAAUAAAGAAUAUAUAAAGUU